AUGAUUAUAUGUUUCUACUAUAUACCCAUUAUUGUGGGCACCGGUUCCACUGGUAACAUUCUAUAGGUUUUUGUAUUUUUCAAAACGAAAAUACGCAAACUUUCGUCUAGUUUCUAUUUGGCUGCUUUGGCUGUUAGUGAUACUUGCUUUUUGUUUGGUCUAUUCGUCCAGUGGCUUAACUUUGUCGAGGUUCACAUCUAUAAUCAUAAAUACUUUUAUCAGUUCUUUACAUUUUUCAGUAAUUUGGCAUGGUUUUGUUUAGUUUAGUUUGUGGUUUCUUUUACCGUGGAACGUUUUAUAGCGAUUAUGUAUCCGGCGGAUUAUCCGCUGAGAAGUCAGACCAUGUGUACAGUGCAAAGGGCCAAAAUGGUAUUGGUUGUUUUACUGAUAUUGGGUUUUUUGCAUUGUCCCCUUUUUUGGGUUUCCUCAACGCCGGUAUAUUCCCCUAAAGUGGGAACUACAAUAUGUGAUAUUAAAAGUGAAUAUAAACAAAAACUCAGCUUUUGGCGAUUCAUGAUACUUUGUCAUCUCCCUCAUCUUCUUGUUCGGCAGGAGAAAGCGGAUCUAUAGCAGCAACAACUGGAACAGAAGCUAUUUCAACAUAUCGUAUUACGACAUCAUCAUUAAAACGACCGAAAACAACAUCUUGUAUGAAUGCAUCACCACCCUCGAAUGGGCAACAACAUAAUAAUAUUGCAACACAUCAUCAACACUACCAUCAUCACCAGUGU